AUGGACAAGUACGAAAAUUGGGGAACAACUGAAAAGACAGAAUUGUAUGUAUUUUAUUUUGAAAAAUAUUGAAAAUAGUAUUAAUAUUUGUAUGAUUAUUUUGAUUAUAAUUUGUGACUCUUUUAGUUUGGCAAAGUGUCAUGAAUUGGUAAAUAGUUCUAAAUCAGAGUAUUCAUUGACAAUUACGAAUAGUGGUAACCCUACUGGUAAGUUAAUCAACACAAUUAUUACAUUUUUAAUUUUUAAACGCCUUAUUUUGAAAAUAAAUAGUUUACACUACCUAGUUAUUCUAUUUUAUAUCAUUAAACAAAUAGUAUUUGUAAUUCAGUAAUUUUAAAUAAUUGUUUUCAGAUUUGGCAAAAGCCAUACUUUCAUUAUUAGUAGCAUGUAUUAAAGGAAAAAUAAAAAAUAACAUAGGCUUAUCAAUUUUAAGUGAUUUAGUAAGUAUAUUAUAAUUAUUAUUGGUAAUAAGUAUUUAAAUUUAAUUUCAACAUGUAAACAAGGUUAUUUAUUAAUUGUAAACAUAGUUUUAAGUUUUAUUUAGUUUCUUUUAUUGUAACACAAAAUUUUAAAACUUUAAAAUAUUCAUCUUUUGUUAAUGUAUUAUAAACAAAUAUAUAUCAAUUUUAAAGUAUUGGUAACUGUUAUUAUCUUUUGUAAUUGCAUACCUAAUUUUUGUAAUUUUUAAUAAUUCCUAGGCUGAUAAAUCUGAACAAUCUCACUAACAGUUUUUAAAUAAUACUAAUACUAAAUUAUUUUUUUAAAUAUUAUGGGAUAAAAUUUAAAAAUAAAACUAUUUUUGACAAAAUUUCCAAAAAUUAAAAUACAUAUACAAUUUAAAUUUAUUACUUUAUAAUUUAACAUUUAAGUUUAAUAUUUUAAUGUUAGUGUAAUUUAAUAAAUUCUUGAAUAGAAGUUAUAUUAUUAAAUAAAAGAACUUAUCUGCCGGUAGAAAAAGUAUGAUACAUGGAAUUAAUUAAUUAAAACUGUAUGCAACAAUAAAUCAUUGCUAACAUAACAAUUGUUAUAAUUUAAAUUAUGCUAAAAAAAUAUUUACCACUAAAUACAAAUUAAAAUGUAAAAAAGGUAAAAUUAUUUAUCCCCUUACACAUCAGAUUAUUUUUAACCAAAUUAUAAAAAAAUAAUGAAAUUAUGAUUUCUGUAAACUUGUCCGGUUAUUAGGAAAAAAAAAGAAAAACGCUAAUUUUUGAACAGAACAAAAAUUUCUUUGAUAAAAUAUGAUAUAUUUAAAAUUUCACUAUAAUUUUUGGUAGAAAAAAAAAAUCAAAAAUAAUACUUCUAUUGUUGUUGAUUCGUUCCUAUUUCCUAUGAGUUUUCCCUAUUAUAAAAACUGCCAUGAAAAUCACAAAAUAAAAUCAAUACAUCAACUACUAAUUUGGUAUUAAAAAUAAUACUUUACUUAAAUAUCUGAGUAAUAUUCUGGUAGAAAAGUUGUUUACAGACACAAAAAAAAAUCAAAAAAAUUACACAUAAUUACCAAUACAUUUCUUGCUGGCCUCAGAAUCUAAACUGAUAUAAAUUACUUUUUAAUGUUGUAUUUAAUUUUUGGUAUAAAUAUUUUUUAGUGUUCAAAUGUAGAAAUAGUGUCUGUCGUAAUGGAUGUCUUUAACUAUUUGGAUACUGAAACAGCUCUUACAGAUGCAGAAUCAGAAAGGGAACAGUUUGGCAUUUUUGUUAGAGGAUCACAAAAGGUUAUCCAAUAUUAAAUAGUAUACUUUAACUUUAACAACUAAUAUAUAAAUGUAUAUUUUUAUUUUUUAGUUAUUGACAGACAAACUACUGAAAGAACGUUUAGAAAUUGACUCAUUAAAAGACAUAAAAUUGUUAAAUAAUAUUUUUUCUACAAAAUUUAUUAAAAUAAAAACUAAACUUUUGUAAGUUGUUGAAUCGUUUAAUAAUUAUUUGAGCUUGUACUAAUAUUAAUUCAUAAUUAAUUUUUUUAGCUAUAAACAACGAAAGUAUAACUUGUUUCGUGAAGAAUCUGAAGGUUAUUCUAAAUUAAUAACAGAAUUGAAUUCUGAUAAUAUGGAUCCAAAAAUAAUGUUGGAGAUUAUUAAGUCAUUAAUUGGAUGUUUCAACUUGGAUCCAAAUCGUGUUUUAGAUAUAAUUUUAGAUUCUUUUGAACAUCAUACAGAUAAUAAAGCUCACAAAUUUUUUAUCCCAUUACUACGUGAUUAUAUGCCUGAAUCACAAAGACUGACUGAAGUAUUGGCAUUUAAACUACGUCAAGUGAAUGAUUUAACUCGAUCAUCUUAUAGAUUGAUCGCUUUAUUAAUUCAGUACAAUUUAAUUGGAUUGGAUAGUAUUUAUCCUUGGGUAAAUUAAGUUACAAUUAGAAUUAACAAUUAUUAAAAUGAAAUUGUCAUAUUUUAAUUUAUUUUAGUUAAAUCCUGAUGAUAAUGUUAUAAAAACAAAUUGGGAAAAAGAUAUGAAGAGUGGACAAGAUUAUUUGAGAAAAGCUUCAACUAUAAUAUCUAAAACACCAGAAUCUGAAUCAACUGAAGAUAAAAUUGAACCUAAAGUAUGUUAUUUAUAUUCUUUAAUUAUAUGUUUUUAACUUUGGUAAUACAUUUUAGCUAGAAGAAAAUCAAAAGUUUUGUUUAUGUGAAGCAAUGUUGGAAAUAGGUGAUUGGAAUACUGCUCAAAUAUUAAUUAAACGAUUUCCAGAAUACUAUGCUGUUGAGUAUGCUCCUAUUGGUGAUGCACUUUGUGGCCUUAUUAAUCAGGUUAUUAAACCUGUUUAUAAUCAGUAAGUUCAAAUUAAAUUUUUCGAAAUAUUUAUUUGGCGUUUAUGUUAUUUUUGUAUUUAAUAUUUGUUAUAGAAUAUUUAAUCUUCAUUCAAAAUCUGUAAAAAAUUCAACUGACGUUCAAAAAAAUUCACUUUCUCUAAAGCCCGUAUUAACAUUAGAGGAAUUUCAUAAUGUAGUUUUACCAAUGUUGAUCACAUUAGGACCUGGACUACACCGAGAUCCUGUUCUAAUGUUUAAAGUUGUUAGAAUAGUGAGAAAAGCAUUAACUAAUGUAUGUGUUUUUUAAUUAAAUAUAUCUUUGAUUUUAAUUUAAUUUUUAUAAUUUACAUAUAUUUUGUAAAUAAUUUAUUUAUUAAUAUUAUUUAUACACAAUUUAGGAAGGAAUUAAAAAUAAAGAUUAUAUUCCAUCUGAAACGGGUUUUUAUUAUGAUACUUUAUCUUUGUUGGAUCGUGUAUUAUUACCCACAUUAUCAUUAGCAGAAGGAAGUAGCAUUUCAGAACAUUUAUGGACUUUAUUACAACUUUAUCCUUAUCACUGCAGGUAUAUAUGAAAUUUAAAAAUAUUUUUUCUCAAUAAAGUGUUUUGAUAAAACUAAACUAACUUUUACUUUGUUUUUAAUUUAUUUGUGUUUUAUAGAUAUGCACUAUACAAUAGUUGGAAAAAUGAUACACAUAAAUAUCAUCCAAAAUUGUUAACAAAAAGAGUUGAUGUACUGAAAAAGGCUAGAUCAGUAAUGAAACGACUCUGUAAAGAUAACACAAAACCAUCCAGUCGUGUUAUUGGAAAAAUAUCACAUUAUGCACCUGGAUAUUUAUUUGAUUAUGUAAAUUUUCCUACUAUUAUAUAAAUAUUUUAUUUUUAUUUUUAAUAAUAUAGAGUUGAUAAUAGGUUUUUUUAUUGUUAUAUUUUUUUAGAUACUUGGACAAAUACAAGUGUUUGACAAUUUGGCUAGCAUUGUGGUUGAGUGUUUAAAGUACAUGACAAGUUUAUCGUUUGAUGUUCUUGGAUAUUGUAUUGUAGAAACAUUAGGUAAGAGUGGCCAAGACCGAGUAAAACAUGAUGGUACUUCUAUUUCAGUGUGGCUACAAAGUACAGCUUCAUUUUGUGGUGCCAUAUUUAAAAAACAUCCUAUAGAGCUUACAGGAAUUCUUCAAUAUGUAGCCAAUCAAUUGAAAACAGAAAACAGGUUAAAACAAAUGUCUUAAUCUAAUAGUUAUUUAUUAAUUAACAUAUUAUGUAUUUUUAUAUUUCUAUAGUUUGGAUCUUCUUAUACUUAAAGAAAUUGUAUUGAGAAUGGCUGGUGUUGAGGUCAUGGAACAAAUAACUCCUGACCAAAUCGAAGCCAUGUCAGGUGGUGAUUAUCUUAAAACUGAAGUAAGAAAAUAUAAAUUAUUUAUAUAUUGUAAUAUAAUAUUAUAUAUAUUAAGAAUUUGAAGAGUGACAUCAAUGUCAAAGAAUAUAGAUAUGGCAAUUGAUGUGUACGAAGAUAUGGGUAUGGGAAAUCGGGUCAAGUGAAAGUUUAGAAUAUAGAUGCCCUAUCCCAAGUAGUUGGAAUGAAGAAUAUAAUGUUCAUCUUUAUUUAAACAUAUGCAAGUUAAUAUUAACUUUAAUUAUUUUAGGCUGGGUAUUACAAUCAGAUUAGAAAUACAAAGAAGUCUUCUAUUAGACUAAAAGAAUCAUUAUUAGAUAAUAAUUUGGCUGUUGCGUUAUGUUUAUUAAUUGCUCAACAAAGACAUAGUGUUAUUUACAAAGAGCACGAAUCAAUUCAUAUUAAACUUGCUGGACAACUCUAUGACCAAGUAUUUUGACUUAUUAAACAAAAUAUUUAUAAUGUUUUGUUUUGUAUUAAUAGUAAUUUUGUUUCUUCAUUUUUAGUGCCAAGACACAUUGGUACAAUAUGGUACAUUUUUGGGAGCUACAUUUUCCAUGGAAGAAUAUAUCAACCACUUGCCAUCUGUACAUGAUUUACUCGAUCAACAUCAUGUUCAUAUGGAUGUAGCAUUCUUUUUAGCUAGGCCAAUGUUUAAUCAUUCCAUUAAUGUAUGUAUUUCUUUAUCUUUUAAUUAAGCAAGUUAAUAAUUAUUUGUUUUUUAGACUCGUUUUGAUGUAUUACGUAAAUCAGAUCCUAAUGCGAAAAAAUCAUUACCAGUGAGACAAACUAAAUAUGCAGAAGCUCACAAAGAAGUUAUGUCAUCUAUUGUAAAAUCUGUUGUGCCACUUCAUCCUGAAAAAGUUUGGGAAGAUGUAUCUCCAGGAUUUUUAGUUACAUUUUGGUCAUUAACUUUAUAUGACUUGUGUGUUCCAAAUGAAGCUUACAAACGUGAAAUAAAUAAACUUAAAGCACAGUCGGCAGCCAUAGGUGAUUCAAAACAAGCAGUAAGUUAUAACUCAAAAUGUUGGUAAUGUUUGUUAGUUGUUUUGAUUUUAGUUAAUUGUUUAUAUACAUGCACAGCGUGUAGAAAUAUCUGAUACUUAAAAAAACACUAUAUUAAAUUACUUUUUAUUUUUAUUAUUAUUAAUAUUAUUAAUUAAUAUUCCUCUGCGCUAUCAUUUAAAUUUUAUGGUUUCCUUCUUUUUUUUUAAGGAAAUUUAAUUUAAAAAUGAAAAAAAAAUUUCACAAUUUUUUGGAAAUUUUGUGAAUAAUUUUCUUUAGAGCACAUUUCACCUGCAUCUACUGUCUCAGUCUAACUAUUGGGCAACAUACAAUAACAAUACUUGCGCAAAAUAAAUUAAACUAGCUUAAAUUUGAUUAUAGAGUAAAAGUACCUAUUAUGUAAUUUAUAAAGAACAAUAAUAUGGAGGGAAUGUCAUGGGUUUUUGUUUAAUUAUGAACUAUUAAACAAUUUGCAGUUAUUUAAAAAAGAAAAAAUGUAUAGAAUUUUGUAUCUUUUAUAUCGAGUUUUAAUUUUGAAUAAUACAAAAACCUUAUGACCUCCAAAAUUGUGUUCUCUAUAAAUUUCAUAAUAGGUACUUUUACUUUAUGAUUAAAAUUUGGUUUUACUUUUAUUCUGUGUAAGCAUUAUUUUUGCAUGUUACCCGGUAGUGGGAUCGAGAUAAUAAAUGUGGGAUAUAAUGUCCUAUAAAAUAUUAUUAACUUGUUAAACAUUAUUUAAUAUUAAAUCAAAGAAUUAAAAAUCUUGUCAUUUGGUAUGCUUUAACUACUGAUUAAAUAUUAUUCACAUUUUCAGAAGUUCAAAUAAAGAAUUAGAAAAUAAAUGUCUAAAAAUCUCUUUUAUAAUACAAUUUUUUUUUUUUAAGUAGUCGAAUGUUUAUUAAUUUUUUUUUUUAAUUCCUAGUAAAAAACAACAACAUUUCUGUUGUAUCUUAUAAGCAUACUAUAUUGUCUCUGUUUUAAGUCUUUUCUUUAUGUUAGCUUGAACAUUUUUUUUCAUUUUCUUAACAUAAUUAAUUUUUAAGGUUUUUUGGUUGGUAUCACAGCAUCAUAGCUAUUUAUAUUGUAGGUUACCAAUGCUUGAAUCUAAUAUAAAUGAUAAUUAAUAAAUACUUAAUAACAAUGAUUAUGUAGGUACUGUUAUGAUUUUAUGACUGUUAUCAAUAACAUGCAUUUUUUGACUGUUGAUAAUUUUUACAUUUCACUAUAGUUAAAAAAUUUUAACAUUUUCUAUUUUAUUGCAUGUGUCAUGGAGCCAAGUUUGACAAAAAACACUUUAUACCUGUUAUUACUGCAAAUGAAAAGUGUUGUUAGUGUAUCCAGAAUGUACAAUCUUGUUAUUAAUUUUUCAAAUUUGUUAUAAAGUGAAAUGUUUAUUUUUUAAAUAUGAAUUGAGCAACUGAAUAUGAUCUAAAAUUAAAAUGUAUGGGGACCUUCAUGUUAAAUAAAAUAUAUUUUUCAAUUUUAAUUUAUAAAUGGUUGUGGAUUAUGGUCUAGUAUACAAUGUUAUUAGUAAUAACUAAUAACUACUCAUAAAAAGUAAUUAGUGUAAAAUUGUGGGAAUGACAAACAAUAAAAAUAACAAAAAUGGAAAAAUGUUUACACAUUCAACGAAUAAACAUUACUAAAGUAAAAAUGUAACAUUUAUAAUAAUAAAUAAAAAUGUGCUACAUUUAUUACCAAGAUAUAUUUAUUUGUAUUUUUUAAUUUCCUAUAUUAUGAUGUUUAAUAGAAUAAUAUUAAAAAAGGGUAAAUGGUAAUAUAAGUACAUAGUUUUAAAAGUAAUUACCAAAGUCAAAUAUACUAGAUAUAACUAUAUAAUAUAAUGGGAUUUAUUUGAUAAGAAUUUAUAACAUUUUCAUAAUUUUCAACUUUUUGAAAAUUUACAUCAUAUUGUAUAAUUAUAUUAUUUAUGUUAAAUGAAUAUUUUCAGAAUCUUACAAUUUUAGUUUAGUUUUAAUUUUGUACAUGUAUAUAAACAUGAAUAUUUUGUUUUAUAGACAGCAAAAGAAGUAAUAAUUGUCUACAUUUUUAUUUUUACAGAGUACUAAAGUUAAAAAAGAACAAGAACGUUUAGGAAUAACAAUAGCUAAAUUAAAUGACGAAAAAAAGAAACAACAAGAGCACGUUGAAAAAAUUUUCUUCAUGUUAAAUCAGGUAAAAGAAAUAUUUUCAAGAACUGAAUUGUUUUAUAAGUAAUUCAUAUGAAAUAAAUAAAUCAAUUUUUAGGAAAAGGAUUCAUGGUUUUUGUCACGAUCAGCUAAAGCAGCGAAAAAUGAAACUAUUACUCAAUUUUUACAGUUGUGUCUGUUUCCACGAUGCAUUUUCACUCAUACAGAUGCUAUGUAUUGUGCUAAAUUUGUUCAGACAUUACAUUCAUUGAAAACUGCUAAUUUUUCUACACUUUUAUGUUAUGAUAGAGUAUGUUUAUUUUGAAUUUUUUUGACAAUAUAGAUACUUAAAAUCAAUGGUUUUAAUUUGGGGUGGGGGUAGAAGCGCCUUCCUAAGGAGGCGUGAACAUUUUUUUAAAAAACCCACAGAACAUACGCAUUUAUUUAUAUCAAUAUAUUAUACACCAAUCUUAGGGGUUAGUGGGCCUGAUUUCAUACAAUAGCUUAAAAGAGGGCUUGGAUCCCAAGAGGACAAGAACUCUUGCUUUGAAUCAAGUAUAAAUAACUGAUUUUUAAAAAAAUUUUUCAGUUAUUUUGUGAUAUAACUUAUUCAGUUACACUCUGUACAGAAAAUGAAGCUCAUCGUUAUGGUAUAUUUCUAAAUGAAAUGUUAAAAAAUGUAACUCGUUGGCAUUCAACUCAAGAUAUAUUUGAAAAAGAAUGUGCUACUUAUCCUGGAUUUGUUACUAAAUGUAAGAAUAGUGAUCAAUUUGUUCAGUCUAAUAAUGACCAUGUAGGAUAUGAAAACUUUCGACAUGUUUGUCAUAAGUGGCACUACAAGAUCACCAAAGUAUGUUUAUUUAAAAUUUACAAAAUUAUAUGAAAACUUAAAUACUUCUAUGAAAUUUUAAGGCCAUGAUGGUUUGUUUGGAGUCAAAGGAUUAUGUUCAAAUUCGUAAUUCAUUGAUCAUUCUCAUUAAAAUUGUAAAUCAUUUUCCUGUUCUGGCAAAAUUAGCUUCGUUGAUUGAAAAGAAGGUAGAAAAGGUAAGAGAAGAUGAAAAAGAUAAACGGCAAGAUCUUUAUACCUUAGCAACAUCUUAUUGUGGGCUCCUCAAAGGUAGAGCUAGUCAGUUUCUUAAAGACUCUGAUUUCCAUCAAGUUAAUGAAAAGGUGAAUUAUUUUUUAUAAGAUUAAAAUAAUUGGUAGUUUAUGAAUAAGCAUUUUUGUUUCUGUAGGUAAGUCAAAUAAAAAAUAAUGUUGAUAAUAAGUCUGGUGUUACAAAAAAUAAUCAAACUAUUAAGAAAAAAGAAGAAGAUAAUAUAAUUGAAGCAAAAACCCCUCCACCACUACCUAUUAUUAAAGCUAUCAAUGGAAUAUCAUCUGCAGGUAAAAUUAUCAUUAAUUAUAACUAUGAUUGACAUUUAAUUUAUAAUUUUUAUAUUUCAAUUAUUUUAGAAUGGGUUGAAGCUGAAAAAAAAGUUGUUGAUAAUAAGAUUAAAUCAGAUAAACGAAAUAUGAAAAUUUUAAAUUCACAGUCUGAUAAAGUCAAGUGAGCAUUAAUAUAUUACUUUAAUUAUUAAAUUUAUAUUUUUAAUAUUUCAAUAAUAAUUUUAGUGAUAAAAGAGAUAUAGUACAAGAGAAUAUAACUGAAUUAUUAAAAGAAGACAAAUAUGAUGAGCCGAAUGAGAAGAAGAGAGAAAAACGACCAAGAGAUGAUAAUAUUGAUAGAGAAAAAGAUUCGUAUGUAAGUUUCUUUCAAUAUUUUUAUUGUUAAAAUUUUCAUAAUUUUCUUUUUAAACUUUAUAAUCAUGAAUACUAUCAAUUUUUUUUAAAUUAGAUUGAAUUAUCGAAAAAUCAUCAAUCAGGGAAAGAUGUAAUUAUUAGUGGUUCAGUGGUCAAUCAUAUAAGUAAAAGUCAGGUGCCGAUAAAUAUAACAGAGAAAUCUAAUAAUACUGAUGUGGAAGUAGCAAGUAAUGGUUCUUACACCGCAGCUGAAAAAGGUAUAAUAAGAUAGGCCUAGAAAUACAUUUUUUUUUUUUUUUUUUUUUUUAAUUAAAAUUCAUGGAAAAUGUAAUUUUAUUUAUUGCUCUUCUGUACAAUUUUAAAAUGGUAAUUACUCCUAAUUGAACCCAUGAUAAAUACAUAAUACAAAUGUGUUAAUUUUUUCUGAACUCUUUAAAUUUAUUUACAGAUAUAAAACGAAAAAAAUUGGAUACCAGUCCAGUUACGAAGGUAAGAAUUGACGUACGGAGCCUUCAUAUCAAAACAUAAUCACAAUUCCAUUUCUCCUGAUACUCGCAAAACAAAUAAUAAGUAGUCUCAUCUCUCAAUCAAAGUGCUCAAGCAGCCUAAGUUUAUGGUCUGUUGUCGCCUGAAAUGAUGUUUCCUCAAUAAUUUGUUACUACAAUUACUGAAAUUUUUGAAUAUAUUGAAAUCUGAUUCGUUCAAACACAAUGGAACAUGAGUAGCUGUUGUAGCUGAACGCCUUCCUCGACAAGGACCGAAGAGCAAACUCUACUGUUUUUUUAUUUACAAUUUAUCAUCCGUGUUAGUAAAUAAAAAUAUUGUUAUUCAAUCCCUUCAAAAAAAAAAAAAGUAAUGUUUUAGUUGUUUUCGUGUUUUUGGAGAAAAAAAAGAAAUUGUUAUCUUUUAUAAAUUUCAGUAAUAUGGUAUGGUAUACAUGUUGUUAUUUUUUCUUUUGCAUUUUUGUUAUCCUUUUAACUCACAGCAGCCACUGAAGAAUAAUUUUGAUGUCAAAACCGAAAUAAAUGGAUCAACAAUGUUAGAGAAAAAAGACAAGAAAAUUAAAAAAUCCCAGUUAGCUGAUUCUCCAACAUCAAAAGAAACUCGUAAAGAUCGCAAAAUCAGUCGGAAACGCGUAUGUACUAUUAUUUAACCAAAACUAAGGAGGAAGUACAAAUUGUGUGAAAUUUAAAAAACAUAUUAUUUUUCAGCACGAACGACGAGAAGAUACUACACCUGAAUUAAAGAGACGUAAAGAAGAUGAAAAACGUAUGUUUAUAUAAUAUAAACUGAAUUUUAUAAAAAUUAAAAUGUUAUUACUUUUAGAUACCAAAACUGAUAUUCGCCAUGAUGAGAUUACAAUUGAUAAACAUAGAUCUAGUAGAGUAAGUAUAAAACUAAGAUUAUUGAUUAUAAUUUAGUACAUUUGAUUAAUCAUAAGAUUUGUAUUUACAGGAAAAAUCUCCACACCCUAAAGAAUGGUCUGAACGGACCGAAUCACGUCAUAAAAGAUAUCCUUUAUAG